AUGCCGUCCACACACAAGAAGGAGAAGCCGUGGGAUACGGACGACAUCGACAAGUGGAAGGUCGACCCUUUCACCAAGGACGAAUCCUCCGGCCCCUUCCUCGAGGAGUCUUCGUUUAUGACCCUAUUCCCCAAGUACCGCGAGCGUUAUCUACGAGACUCGUGGCCUCUCAUCACCAAGGCCCUCGACAAGCACGGCAUCACCGCAGUUCUCGAUUUGGUGGAGGGUUCCAUGACAGUGAAGACGACAAGAAAGACAUAUGACCCGGCAGCUAUCCUCAACGCCCGCGAUCUCAUCAAGCUGCUUGCCCGUUCAGUACCAGCCCCCCAGGCGAUCAAGAUUCUCGAAGAUGGCAUGGCCUGCGACAUCAUCAAGAUUCGCAGCAUGGUACGGAACAAGGAACGUUUCGUUAAGAGGCGCCAAAGAAUUCUCGGACAGAACGGCACAACACUCAAGGCUCUCGAGCUUCUCACACAAACAUAUAUCCUCGUGCACGGAAACACAGUGUCGGUAAUGGGUCCUUUCAAGGGUCUGAAGGAGGUCAGGAGGGUUGUUGAGGACACCAUGAACAACGUUCACCCAAUUUACAUGAUCAAGGAGUUGAUGAUCAAGCGCGAACUCGCAAAGGACCCCGCCCUCGCCCACGAAGACUGGUCCCGUUACCUCCCCAACUUCAAGAAGCGCACGCUUUCCAAGCGCCGUGUCCCCCACGUCGUCAACGACAAGACCAAGAAGAACUACACACCCUUCCCCCCUGCGCCCGAGAAGAGCAAGGUGGAUCUCCAGAUCGAGUCCGGCGAGUACUUCCUCGGCAAGGAGGCCAAGCAGCGGGUGGCGGAGCAGGAGCGCGCAGAGAAGGCCAAGCAGAAGAAGGAGGAGAAGAAGCGCGAGCGCGAGAAGGAGUAUGUGCCGCCCGAGGAGUUGACGGACAAGAAGGCCAAGAAGAGGAAGACGAGCGACUGAGCUGGUACGAUUGGCGCAAUCCAAAAAAUGGGAGCAGUGGAGGUGGAAAUGGAGUUGAGGAAGGUGAUGAAGAGAAAGAGAAAGG